AGCUCUCAGUGGAACUUGUCCGGGGUGUUUCCUGGAGACGGGGGAAGUGAGGAGCCGGAGCUGCCGCCGCCACUGGGAGCCGCAUCACCCCCGCCCCUAGUGUGACUGAUCUACCAUGAGACCCGCCAUCUUCCUGCCCCCGCCUGACCCCGGCUGCGUCCUCCUGAUCUUGGUAUCUUGGCUUUUAAAUCCAGCAAGAAGUGAAAUAACAAGUCUAGAGAGUGGAAAUAUAGAUGACAUUUUAAACAAUGCUGAUGUUGCUUUAGUUAAUUUUUAUGCUGAUUGGUGUCGCUUCAGCCAAAUGCUGCAUCCUAUCUUUGAGGAAGCUUCCAAUGUCAUUAAGGAAGAAUAUCCAGAUAAGAAUCAAGUAGUGUUUGCCAGAGUAGACUGUGAUCAGCACUCGGACAUAGCUCAAAGAUACAGGAUAAGCAAAUAUCCAACCCUAAAACUGUUCCGGAAUGGGAUGAUGAUGAAGAGAGAGUAUAGGGGUCAGAGGUCGGUGACAGCAAUAGCAGAUUAUAUCAGGCAACAGAAAAGCAAUCCUAUUCGAGAAGUUAAUGACUUGGAAGAAAUUAAGUCUCUUGACCGCAGUAAAAGAAAUAUCAUUGGAUAUUUCGAGCAAAAGGACGCCAACAACUAUAAAACUUUUGAAAGAGUAGCAAAUAUUUUGCACGAUGAUUGUGUCUUCCUUUCUGCAUUUGGGCCUAUUUCAAAACCAGAGAGAUUUAGUGGGGACAACAUAAUCUACAAGCCACCAGGGGAAAAUGCUCCAGAUAUGGUAUACUUAGGUUCUAUGACCAAUUUUGAUUUGACUUAUGCAUGGACGCAAGAUAAAUGUGUGCCUCUUGUUCGUGAAAUUACAUUUGAGAAUGGAGAGGAGUUGACAGAAGAAGGCCUUCCUUUUCUUAUACUUUUCCACAUGAAAGAUGAUUUGGAGAGUUUAGAAAAAUUCCAGCAGGAAGUGGCACGACAAUUAAUAAGUGAAAAAGGUACAAUAAACUUUCUGCAUGCUGAUUGUGAUAAGUUCAGACACCCACUCCUUCAUAUUCAGAAGACUCCAGCAGACUGUCCAGUUAUUGCUAUUGAUAGUUUUAGGCACAUGUAUGUCUUUCCAGACUUCAGUGAUUUAGCAAUUCCAGGUAAACUCAAACAAUUUGUACUAGAUUUGCACUCUGGAAAAUUGCACAGAGAAUUUCAUCAUGGACCAGAUCCAACUGAUGUAGCACCUGGUCAGCCAAUUCAAGAUUUAGCAAGUAGCCCACCAGAGAGUUCGUUCCAGAAACUAGCACCCAGUGAACAUAGGUACACCUUAUUGAGAGAAAAAGAUGAACUUUAAAAACUUGAAAUAAUCUUGCAAGCCUUUCAGACAGCAGCAUUGACUUCUGUGUGGUGGAAAUAGUAACCCUAUAUUUUCAUAAUUCUGUGUAUUUUUAUUUGGGAUAAACUGAAAAAAUAAGUUGGUUUUUUUUUUUUCUUUUCUCCCCGGGCUUGUAAAUACAUCUGUUUGGUGGGUCAUUCUGUACAGCAUCUUUCAAAAGUUAUGUUCCUAAUGCUAGAGUAAAAUAUCAGAGACCCGUCUAGACUUUUGAUCUAACUCUAUUCUGUAAAACUUCUAUAAUCCAAAUGAAGGUAUCAUUGCCAGAGACAUGCUGUUAACUUGCACUAUCCCAUUAAAUAGGACUUUUGGGUUGUUUUCUGUGUAAUCGGGUAGUAUGUGCUUUUAUUUUCUUCCUCUCCAUGUGAAUAGUUAUGCUGGUACUCAUUUUUUUUUUUUUUUUGGUCACAUUCUUCUCAUCAAAAGGGCAUAUUCUGGAUACUUGGGGGGGGAAUAAAUUAAAGUUUUACAGAAUCUUGUGUGGUAUUUUACUGUACAGAUGAAACUUGCAUGAGUAAACAAGCAUGACUGUUAAAAGUAUCAUGUGAGAAAAUUAAGAUGAUUAAUGAUAUGUCUA